GUAAAAAAUACUUUAGCUUGUGAAAAAAAAAUAAAGAAUUUUACGAUUUAUCUAGUCAAUAAAUGGAUUUAAGUGAAUUAAAUGUAGUCGUUCCAGGUGCGGAUGAUGAGAAAAUAGGACAAGUGUUGGAGAACUUUUUGAAAAAGUUUGGCGAUUCCUUUAAUCUAUCAAGUUUAACGACGACUGGACAAUGGACAUUAUUGUGGAACAAUCUUUUUGAAAUUCUCAAAACACCAACUAUUUGCAUUACAAUGCAAUGUCUUAAAUCUAUUAGAAUAUUAAGUCGCGACAAGACAUAUCUCAAUGAAACAAUUAAUGACGAUCAGUUUGACUGUUUACUUGAAUUGGCAUCCAUUGGAUCUCAAAAUCAACAGUUUGAGCCCGAAAUACAGACAGAAGCUCUCAAAAUCUUGUGCAAUCUCGUCUUUCAGAGUCCCAAAUGUCAGGAGCAUUGCCUGAAAAAUUCAGCUGUGGAAGGAAUCUUGAAAAGAUUACGAACAUGCAAGGAGAAAUUUGUGGACUAUGAUAUUAAAUUCUUCGACAUGAAGCUACUGUUUCUGAUAACUGCUCUCACACCAAACGUACGCAUUAAAGUAAGGGAUUUUGAUGGAUUGGUAUAUCUUGUUGAGACACUAGACUUAAUGAUGAAGAAUGCAACAGCAAAGGAAUUUGAACAACAAGAGAUCAAUUUAAUUAAUGAGAUUCUCAAAGUACUAUUUAACAUUACUGUAAGUGGACCGACAAAUGUUGACAGUGAUGAUGACGAUGACCAGCAUUUACAGAGACUAGCUAUAGUUUUGCAUGACUUAUUGCUAUUUGAAUCAAAAUCCAAAGAUGGACAUGAAGAAUAUCACUCAAAUAUUGUCAAUCUUCUCACAAACAUUCCAAUUCAUUGCUAUACCGAGCUAGUUCCAAUGGCAACCGAUGACACACAAAGUAAUGAGACUUUUGAAAAUUAUGAUAUUCAUGCAAUCAAUGUUUUUCUUCAAUUCCUCGAGAUUAAGCUUAAUAAAAUUUUUGGUCCAAUUGCUUCAAAAGAUUACGAUCAACUUCCACCAAUUUUAACAGUUCUCAUCAAAAGUGUUCGAUGUACAAGCCAUAUUCGACGUUAUGCACGUGUGAAAAUUUUACCGCCAUUAAGGGAUGUCAAGAAGCGACCCGAAGAAGGAACAACUAUAAGAAAUUAUCUCUGUCGAUUGCUGACAUAUCCAUCGACACAAAUUUCGGAUCUUGUUGCUGAGCUUUUAUUUGUGCUAUGUAAAGAGAAUGUUGGACGUAUGAUUAAGUAUACAGGAUAUGGAAAUGCUGCUGGACUGUUUGCAAAGAGAGGCUUGCUUGGAGGCAGAAUCAGUGAAAGUCAACAACAAUAUUCAAGUGAUAGCGAGGAUAGCGACACUGAAGAAUAUAAGCAAUUAUUGCACGGAAUUAAUCCUGUCAUUGGAUGUUAUGAGCCACCAAAGAUAAAUCCUUUUGAAGGAAUGUCCGAGGAACAAAAAGAGUAUGAAGCUGAAAAGCUUGUAAAUCUAAUUGAUCAGCUUGACAAGCAAUGCAUAAUCAAGCCAUGUAAAAUUGGUGAAGACGGCAAACCAAUCGCAGUUGAUCACAUUCUCGAGCUUCAAACGGAAAUACCUGAACAGCAAAGGGAUUUCAAGAAGAAAACUUAAAUGAUAGCAAUAACAAGCAAGUAGAUAUAAAUGCAAUUCUUGCUUACUGAUGCCAAAAAUAUGAAGCAUAAAAAAGCUUGCUGCUCAUCAAAAAAAAAAACGAGUUUAUGAAUGAAUACCUUUGAAUUUUACCAUGUAUUUCGAUGUUUUACUGAAAUUUUAUUCAAUAU